AGUACUUCUGUGAUAGUACCCAUAUUCAAUGUUGUGAUAUUGCUAAAUGCUAAUUAGUAAUUAGUAAUUACUAACUUGUAGGUUUGUAAAGUAUAGAACAAGCAUUUAAUCGUCAGUCUUAUUUACAGUGUUAAUAACUACAACCUAUUAAUUGUGUACAGUUACAUGAAGUGCAGUGUAAACUAAACACAGCAAGAUUGCAAAACGACAAUAUAAAAUUUGGUUCUUGUUAUAGUAUCUAUAGAGAAAUGUCUGCCGAAGACGUUCUAUUCGAUAUGUUACACUCAGAAAUUGUAUCAUAUUUAGUGUCCAAGUCCUCUGAGGAUGAAGAUUUAUCAAUAUUAGAACACUUGGGUUAUUCUUGUGGUUGGCGGCUGAUUGAAAGAAUAACAAAAGAACUGCCAAGAUACAAAGAAGAGCUAGAAGUUUUAAAAUUUAUAUGCACAGACUUUUGGUCAUGUGUGUAUAAAAAGCAAGUGGAUAAUUUACGAACCAAUCAUCAAGGUGUCUACGUAUUGCACGACAACGAAUUUCGCUUUUUCAGCAAACUGUCAAAUGGAACGCAGUACCUUAAAUCUGCACCAAAAUAUGCUACGUUUACAUGUGGUCUGAUUCGAGGAGCUCUAGAAAAUUUUGGCAUUUCAAGCAUUGUAACAGUUGAAAUAAUUAGAAUGCCGUCAUGUAAAUUCCACAUACAAGUACUUCCGUCUUCAUCUUAAUAAUUAUUAUAUUCUUUAUGUGUAAAGAACACAUUUUCCUACAUGGAAAAUUAAUAUUAAUGAUUAACCUUAAAUAUCAAUUUUAUAGAAUAUUUCAUUUUAGAAUUCAAUCCGAUUAUUUUCCUGUACUUCUAAUAAGAACGAUUAUUAUUCUAUUCUGUGUAAAAUUAAAUUAAAUAAUACCUAUAUUUAACUGCUUAAAA